CCACGUGAAAGAGUCAGGACCAUGCGUAAGGUUGAUUUGCAAUAGAUACAUCACAAACUAGUGGAAGUUAAGGUUGUGAAAUUACUAACCGUCAGAUAUACUUAGACACAUCAUUACGAUUAAUACAAUUAUCGGUUUGUUUUUACGGCAUUCUGUCAGUUAUAGUGAGUUAAUAAGUAUAAGUCACAACUCAUGUUCGGCACGUAGCCGCUAGCAAGCUAACAUCAGAUUUGAAAAUGGAUGAAGAUGGUCGCGGGGAUUUUGAACACCACAAUUUGAAAGAUACCACAGUGAACGACUACAGUGCUCCAGCCGUUGAAACUACAUCUGUGGCAUCAUCUAACACAUGUAAUGAGAGUGAUACUAACCUGGCAAUAAGUUUGGAGACUCAGCCUGCAAAAUCAGACGAUAUGGACACGACCGCCUCCACCACUUUGGGAGCAAUGGAGUUCAGUUCCACAAGUGUUUACCAUGAGCCUGUAAAACAGUCAACAAGUCACAGUGUGAACAGUGAGAUUCACAUAGAGCCUGGAACUAAACAGGAGAAUGUCAUUGUAGACUCAUCACAGGGUGUCUUGUCAACGGACCAAAUGGAUUCUGAGCUGAUGCCAAAGACUGCAGACUGUAUCGAACAAACGGUUGCAUUAAAGGAAACUGUUGCCACCAAUCAAGCAGAGCACACAACGGAACAAGAGAAUCAACGGACUGUGUCGACAGAGGACAUGGACGUUACAGCAACUCCGCCAGUAACAACUGACCAUAAGAAGAUGGUGUCACCGUCUGCUGUGGCCUCCGUCACGAAUCUUGAGUUCCUCCAGAAUUCUGAGGGACUGAGCAGCAUCACUCAGUACAGAGGGGACAGUUCGGAUGACCACUCGUCAGACAGUGAUUCGGACUCUGACUCUUCGUCAUCCUCAUCGUCUUCCUCCUCUUCCUCCUCAUCUGGACCCCUACUAGUUGCUUUGGAAGAAGACGACCAAGACGAAGGUCUCGGUAAAGGAAAGGGACCAGCGCCUCUCAAGACUCAAGAUGAAGUCCUUGUGGAUGAGCUGCCAGCGGUGGAGGACCUCCACAUCAGUCUCCCAGAGGACACUGAGCUCAAGCCCAUGGGACUCAUCUCCAGUAUCGUCGACAAGCUCGUGAUUGUGGAGUCAUUCAAGGAUGCCCCUCCUCUCAACGAUGACAGCGUGAUAUUCAGCGAGAAGAGGGUGGCUAUUGGCAAGGUGUUUGAGGUGUUUGGGCCCGUGGUGCAGCCCUUUUACGUGCUCAGGUUCAACUCUGACAAGGACAUUGCGGAGAAGGAGCUCAAGCACAAGGCCACAGUCUACUAUGCCCCGGCGGUGAAGGACUUCACUGCCUACAUCUUCGCUGAGCGGCUCAGACAGCUGAAAGGAUCUGAUGCCUCCUGGAAGAACGACCAGGAGCCGCCAGCAGAGGCUUUGGACUACAGCGAUGAUGAGCAAGAGACGUUGGCCAAGCGGAGACUCAAGGAACAGAGGAGAGAAGAGAGGGCUGAGGCUGAUGGCGAUAAGGACAAACAGAAACCAGGCAACAAGAAGCCCCCCAGACGAGAGCCACGCCAGGCCUUGGGCCCGAGACCGCGGGGGCCUCCCAACCCCCGUGCCGGGCCACCCAACCCCAGAGCCAGCUAUCCACACCACCUCCCCAACCCACACUUCCGCCCGCCUCCACCCAUGGGCGGUGGUUACAACCUCCACCCGCCGUAUCCCCCUCCCUUCCAGGCUCCGCCUCCAUAUAUGUCCAUGUACCCCGGGCCACCCCCGGCACACAUGCCCUGGCCCCCUUACCCCUUCCCAGGGAUGUUCAUGCCGCCACCUCCCCCUCCACCAACUCCACCCCCACACUCAGGCCAUCAGCAUCGGCCCAACUGAAAUCCAAUGUCUCGCACAGCUAUAGGUUAUAGGCACUUUGAGAUAUGAUAUGUCAAAGACAUUGUAGUAUCAAGUAAUCAAAGACAUUGUAGCUGACGAGGAAGGGGAAGGGGAAAUUACAACAGCUAAAUAGACUGACUAUUGAUACGAGAGCCUUAUCUUAAGUUUUAUCAGAAAGCAUAAUAAAUACCACCUGGAGAUGAUCAUCCAUAUUUCUAUUUUUUUUUAAUGCCAGUCUGACUUUUGUGAAGGUUUUGUUUUUUUUUCUUUUCAGAAAAAGGUGAAGUAAAAUCAAUAGUUUCAGCAGACGUGUAAAUAAUGCGAACACAGAUGGCUUGUAAAUUACAUUACACAGUGAGAUUGAAUCAUGUUUGCAUUGAUCCACAGCUUUUUUUGUUUGAUAAUAAAUUUUUUAUAUAUGUG